UUCAGCCUCAUCGUCACUUCCACAAAACCCUAAACCCUAGGAAAUCUCCUUUCUUCUUCUGGUGCAUUUCUUCUCUGUCCCGCCCUCUGCUGAUCCGUCCUGUGAGUUAUGGCCACGGCAGUCCUGCUCCGCUCCUUAAGGCGCCGGGAGGCCACUUCCGCCUCCCUCUCGGCAUACAGAUGUUUCACUAGCAGUUCAAAGACAUCGGCAGGUAUUAAUUGGGCUAGUUUCUCCAGGGCUUUCAGCUCAAAACCUGCGGGAAAUGAUGUCAUUGGUAUCGAUUUGGGUACCACUAACUCCUGUGUUGCAGUCAUGGAGGGAAAGAAUCCCAAAGUUAUUGAGAAUUCUGAAGGUUCGAGGACCACACCAUCAGUGGUUGCCUUUAAUCAGAAAGGAGAACUGCUUGUUGGUACUCCUGCUAAACGUCAGGCUGUGACCAACCCAACAAACACUCUUUUUGGAACUAAGCGUCUUAUUGGUAGACGCUUUGAUGAUCCACAAACACAGAAGGAAAUGGGUAUGGUUCCUUUCAAGAUUGUUAGGGCUCCAAAUGGCGAUGCAUGGGUUGAGGCGAAUGGACAGCAAUAUUCUCCAAGUCAGAUUGGAGCCUUCGUUCUGACCAAAAUGAGAGAAACUGCUGAAGCUUACCUUGGGAAGACUGUCUCAAAAGCUGUCAUUACUGUACCAGCUUAUUUCAAUGAUGCUCAGAGGCAAGCCACAAAGGAUGCUGGUCGAAUAGCUGGCCUUGAUGUGCAGAGAAUAAUUAAUGAGCCAACUGCAGCUGCACUUUCAUAUGGAAUGAACAACAAAGAGGGUCUGAUUGCAGUGUUUGAUCUUGGUGGUGGAACAUUUGAUAUUUCAAUUUUGGAGAUAUCUAAUGGUGUGUUUGAGGUGAAAGCAACAAAUGGCGACACUUUCUUGGGAGGAGAGGAUUUUGACAAUGCUCUUCUGAAUUUCUUAGUGAGUGAAUUCCAGAAAACGGAGGGCAUUGAUCUGUCAAAGGAUAGGCUAGCUCUUCAGAGGCUUCGGGAAGCAGCUGAGAAGGCCAAAAUUGAACUCUCGUCUACUUCACAGACUGAAAUUAAUCUUCCAUUUAUAACAGCUGAUGCAUCUGGUGCAAAACACCUGAAUAUCACACUUACCAGAUCAAAGUUUGAAAGCUUGGUAAAUAACUUGAUUGAGAGAACUAGAGCCCCAUGUAAGAACUGCUUGAAGGAUGCUGGCAUUUCUACUAAGGAAGUUGAUGAGGUUCUUCUUGUUGGAGGGAUGACCCGUGUUCCUAAAGUACAAGAAGUAGUUGCUGAGAUAUUUGGAAAGAGCCCAAGCAAAGGGGUGAAUCCUGAUGAAGCAGUUGCCAUGGGAGCAGCAAUUCAGGGUGGUAUACUUCGUGGAGAUGUUAAAGAGUUACUUCUCUUGGAUGUCACUCCUUUGUCGCUUGGUAUUGAGACACUUGGUGGUGUAUUCACCAGGCUAAUCAACCGAAACACGACCAUUCCUACAAAGAAGAGUCAGGUAUUCUCCACUGCAGCUGACAACCAGACUCAGGUUGGUAUUAAGGUACUUCAGGGAGAACGUGAAAUGGCUUCUGACAACAAGCUUUUGGGAGAGUUUGAGCUUGUAGGCAUUCCACCUGCCCCUAGAGGCAUGCCGCAGAUUGAAGUCACAUUUGACAUUGAUGCCAAUGGUAUUGUCACUGUUUCUGCCAAGGACAAGUCCACAGGUAAAGAACAGCAGAUCACCAUCCGUUCAUCUGGAGGUCUCUCAGAGGAUGAGAUUGAGAAGAUGGUCAAGGAAGCUGAACUUCACGCCCAGAAGGAUCAACAAAGAAAAGCUCUAAUUGACACCAAGAACAGUGCAGACACUACAAUUUACAGCAUAGAGAAGAGCUUGAGUGACAAGAAGAGAAGUAGCAACCCCGCGGAGGAGGAUGGGGUGGCGGAGGAUCAAGCAGAACUAACCCAUAAUGCGGAGGUUCAGAAGGCCUAUGACAGGCUUGACAAUAAGGCCUUGGUUGAGGAUGGAGCAAAACUGGAGGCCGAAAAGGAUGGUGGCUUGACUAACUGUGUGCCGUCAUUAAGAUAUGCUGUGCGCAGGCUUAUCCUGGCAUUUCUUCAUCGAGAGAGUGUGCAAGAUAAGAUUUUGCAUUGGGGUCAGGAAGCAAGGGAUUGUCUGUUGGGAUGCUUGUUUGAAUAUGGUGCUCUUGCUCAAUCUGACAGACUUACUGAAGAGUGGGCUGCUGAUAAAAGCACAGCAAUGGAAGAGUGGGCUGCUGAUUGGGUUAGGAAUGAUGAUGUCAAAAGAGUUGCUGUUAUUGUCACCUUACAGAAGCACAGCAAUGGAAAUUUUGAUAGCAUCACAAAGACAAAAACAGUCAAAGAUUUGAUGACAGAGUUCAAAACAGAACCUGGCUGCAUGCAGUUUAUUCAGAACUUAAUGAAUAUGUUCAUAGAUGAAGGUCAACCUUUUGAGGAACCUUCUGAUCAAAGUCAGACAACAGAUGAUAAUUCAGAGGCAGGCUCGGUUGAGGACAAGUCUUCCAGUGGGAUGAUGGGGAGUUCUGAUUGUUUGAAAAGUUGGGUUAUAGAAUCUCUUCCUAGCAUUUUGAAACAUUUAAAGUUUGACCCUGAAGCCAAUCUUCAGCUGCAGAAAGAAAUUUUGAAAUUCCUAGCUGUCCAGGGUCUAUUCUCUGGCUCUCUUGGAAAUGAAGUCACAUCAUUUGAGUUACAGGAGAAAUUCAGGUGGUCAAAAGCAGCUGCCUCAAGUGCCCUUUGCUGAAUGUGCAUUGAGCAGCUCCAGUCAUUGCUGGCAAAUGCUCAGAAGGAUGAGGAGCCAUGGUCUACGGCAAAUGGCCUUGA